UUUUUUUGCCUUCAGAUUAAAAAAAUACUAAGCACUGACAUUAAUUUCCUGAACAGUGUUGAUGAGGUUGCCUUCAGCUUCAAUGGAGGGAAAGAUUCAACUGUGUUGUUACACCUUCUUAGGGCAGGAUAUUAUUUACAUAAAGCAGAAAAAAUUGGUUGCAAUGGGGACCUUAUGGAUGGUGAAAUUGCAUAUCCAAUUCGAACCAUAUAUUUUGAGAGUGCAUCUGCAUUCCCUGAGAUCAACUCAUUCACCUAUGAAACUGCAAAAAGCUAUGGCUUGCAAAUGGAAAUUAUUCGCCUUGAUUUCAAGGCUGGUUUGGAGGCGCUCCUAAAGGCAAAACCAAUCAGAGCUAUUUUCCUUGGUGUCCGAAUCGGUGAUCCCACAGCGGUAGGCCAGGAACAGUUCUCUCCUAGUUCACCUGGGUGGCCUCCUUUCAUGAGAGUGAAUCCAAUUUUGGAUUGGUCUUACAGAGAUGUAUGGUCAUUCCUUUUGACUUGCAAGGUUCGCUACUGCAGCCUUUACGAUGAAGGCUAUACUUCAAUUGGGAGUGUUCAUGACACAGUUCCAAAUGGUUUAUUGUGCAUUAGAGACUCCAGCAACUCUGAAGGGAAAUUCAGACCUGCGUAUCUUCUUGCUGAUGGAAGACUGGAAAGAGCAGGGAGGGUAAAGAAGAACUCUUCCCCACCUUGUGGGCAACUGGCUUCUGUUAGUAAUGGUUUGAAAAGUAGAGAUUUGAGCUGGCACAGCAUGCUCACAGCCUCAAUAAUUGCUGUUGGUGAUGAGAUUCUAUUUGGCACUGUUGAGGACAAGUUGGGAUCUUCUCUAUGCAGAAGGCUUCAUUCUAUAGGUUGGACAGUCUCACAGCUUGCUGUAACUCGAAAUGAUAUAGAUUCUGUAGCUGAUGAAGUCGUGAAACGGAAAUCUACAAAUGACAUGGUGUUCAUAUAUGGAGGUAUAGGUCCAUUGCACUCAGAUGUCACUUUAGCAGGAGUUGCAAAAGCAUUUGGUGUUCGUACUGCUCCAGAUGAAGAGUUUGAAGAGUAUUUAAGGCAUCUUAUUGGUGAAAAAUGCACCGGGGACAGAAAUGAGAUGGCUCAACUGCCUGAGGGUAUCACAGAAUUACUGCAUCAUGAACAGCUGCCUGUGCCUUUGAUCAAGUGCCACAAUGUGAUAAUCCUAUCUGCAACAAAUGUUGCCGAGCUGGAUCUCCAGUGGGACUGUCUACUUGAUUUAUCAAGUUCUAAUGGGCUUCUUGUGCUGAUGGAACCAUUGCAAUCAAAAAGAUUGUGCACCAAUUCCUCAGAUGUGGAAGCUGCUCAACCUUUGUCAAAACUGUGUCUGGAAUUUCCAGAUCUUCACAUUGGGGCUUAUCGGGCAUCAAGAAAUGGGCCACUCAUAAUUACUUUCCAAGGAAAGGAUCAAGGGAGAAUAGCAGCAGCAACUGCUGCUUUGAGCGAGAAGUUGCAUACAGGACAAUUCUCUGAGGUCGACUGACUGCUGAAACAGAAGAGUUACUCCUCUGGUGUUAUCAAAUGCCAAGAGAUACAUUAAGGAGCACUUUGGUAUCUGCGACUGCAAGUUUUCUCCAGUCAAGUGGCUGAAAGUCACACACUGCAAGACAUAAAGAAAACUAAGAAAGUGCCGCCAGAAGAGGAAAUGAACGCAUAGUAGGGGUUGGCGUGAAAUAGCUGUGGCGCAACCAUAGUGCUCAAGUCGAAUUUUUUUUAUUUUUUAUUUUUUUUGGCUUUUUGGGUAGAAAGUGAUGGUAAGAUCUCAUUGAUUUGUCAUAACAUUCUGGGGCCCAGCGACCAUGGCCACAUGACAAACUAUAUUAACCUGCAAUCUCGAUGUUCAAUACGUUGCAUUCAACCUAUGAAGGCACAGAAAUGUUUAAUUUUUCCCAUUAGUUCAAAAAGAAAGAAAUCCUUUACAUUGACAA